AUGUCGUGGAAGCAGCCUUCAAUUACUGGUACAAAUAAUAUUCCGUUAGGAAGACGAAGGUUAGGCGGAUCUGAUGAAUAUGAAGAUUCUUAUGAACAAAUUAAAGAAUCAAGUAGUAGUGGAAAUUCUCUUAAAAGAUCAAACGAAGAGAACGGGGAACAAACAGAUGGAAGUGAGGAACGUAAACGUAAAAGAAGAAGCAGGUGGGGCGGGGAGGAAUCGAAAGUCAACAUUCCAGGUUUACCGACUGCCAUUACUUCUAAUAUGUCAAAGGAACAACUAGAUACAUACCUGCUUCAUAUGAGAUUAGAAGAAAUCGGAAGAAAAUUGAGAACUGGUGAUUAUGUUCCACCUGAGAGGGAGAGAUCACCGUCUCCGGAACCUGUCUACGACUCUCAAGGAAAACGUGUAAAUACUCGAGAAUAUCGUUACAGAAAGAAGUUAGAAGAUGAACGUCAUAAAUUAAUCGAGGAGGCUGUUAAAAGAAAUCCUGAUUAUAAACCUCCUGCUGAUUAUAAACGUCCAACUAAAGUACAAGAUAAAGUCUAUAUUCCUGCUAAAGAAUUUCCUGAAAUCAAUUUUAUCGGUUUGUUAAUCGGUCCUCGUGGUAAUACUCUUAAAAAAAUGGAAUCGGAAUCUGGCGCAAAAAUUAGUAUUCGUGGUAGAGGAAGUGUUAAAGAAGGAAAAAGUAGAACCGAUGCUGCUGCAAAUGCUAAUCAAGAAGAAGAUUUACAUUGUUUGGUUACAGCUGAUGCUGAAGAAAAAGUUGCAAAGGCGGUUAAGAUGAUUAAUAAAAUUAUUGAAACGUCUGCUUCUGUACCAGAAGGGCAAAAUGAACUUAAACGUCAACAAUUACGCGAGUUAGCUGCUCUUAAUGGUACUCUUCGCGAUGACGAAAAUCAAAUUUGUACAAAUUGCGGUGCUACUGGUCAUCGGAAAUAUGAAUGCACUGAAUCUCAAAAUUUCACCAUUAAUCUUACAUGCCGCAUUUGUAGCGGUCAUGGUCAUACUGCAAGAGAUUGCAUGGAAAGAAAUAAUCCUGAAGCUUUACAACAAGCUAAACAGAGAGAUCAAAAGUUAGAUAGUGAAUAUAUGAGCUUAAUGGCCGAACUCGGUGAAAACGUUGAUGCGUCAAGAACUAAUGAACUCGGUGUGAAAACUGGCCAUUAUGGACCUUCUAGUGGACCCAAGCCUCCAUGGGCUGCACAAUCUGUUGCUACUCCUCCGUGGGCAGCGAAGCCAAAUGUUGCUCUUUCCGGUAUUCAAACGGGUUUACCACCUUGGCAACAACCUGUAGCUACAUCUGCAAUUCCACCACCGCCUGGUUUGUCAAAUCCACCACCGCCACCACCAGGAUUAUCAACUGCUACAACUACUUGGAAUACUAGUAAAUUAACAUAUCCGCCUCCACCCGGAUCUUCUCUUUAUCCUACUGCACCUACUACAAGUACUAUGUAUCCGCCACCCCCUACUACCUUAAAUUAUGCUUAUUCUACUUAUGGUAGUACAGCUUAUUCUGCUUAUAGUACUGCUGCAACUUAUUCUGCAGCUGCGGCGGCUGGAUAUCCACCACCACCGCCUUCUGCACAUUGGGAAGAAUAG